GCAAUAUGGCGGACAAUUUUGACUUGUCUUUCAUUGGUUCUGGGGGAUAUUCCUCCGAAUUGGACGAGAGCGACAGAAAAAAGACAUGGAGAGAUGACCCCUUAGCAGGUCUAAAGACGUCCAGAGAAAAGCACGGUAACAGGGCCCCCUCAAAGAGAACGGCAUGGGAAGAGAGAGAUAGAGAGGAAGGUAGAGCCAGACGCUUUCAUCUCUUGGGUUUAAAUGCUUACGACAGGCACAAGCUAUUGGUGAACACCUAUUUCUUGGGCAAGAAAGGCAUCGAAUAUUUCAGUAGAUCAACUGCUAGAGACAGAACUGAUGAUGACGUUCUGGAGCAACAGCAUCGGUUUGUGUGGAGCGAAGCGGACGAGAAGCGUGCGGAGGAGAACUGGGAGAUGCGACUAGCGAAAAAGUAUUAUGACAAGCUGCACAAGGAAUACUGUAUUGUCGACCUGUCAAAUUACAAACGGAGUCGAAAUUCAGUUGGUCUACGGUGGCGUGUUGAACGCGAAGUUGUUGAAGGAAAAGGCCAGUUUCUAUGUGGUGAACGUCGUUGUCAGGACAAAGACAGUCUGACUACGUGGGAGGUGAAUUUUGGGUACGUGGAGCAAGGGGAGAGGAAGAAUGCAUUGGUAAAGUUGAGACUCUGCCCAUCGUGUGCAAGGAAAUUGAACUACCACCACAAGCGAAAGCAAAUACGUAUUGGUAAGGAAUCUCGGUUACUUAACAAAGACUUCCAAUCAGCAAGCAAGCGGAAACAGAAAAAGCACUCUAAAGAAACUACACCAAAGAAACAAAGAACCAAUGACCAGACUGAAAAUGAUUCAAAUUCGGAAACAUUAGAUGAUGAAAAUAAUGAAAAUGAUAAACAUGUUGGCGAGGAGAAAAGUAUUUGGUCAGGACCUGCCAAAUUAGUCGGAGAUAAAACUAAAGAGGAUGAAUUUGACGAGUACUUGGAAGACAUGUUUUUGUGAUAUAACUUUUGUAUGUAGUAUUCCUUUAGACAAACUGUAAGGUAUCAAGAAAAAUAAUUAAUAGGUUAUGUAACAUAAACACAUAACGGAUGUUUUACUUGG